AGUCUCGUGAUUGGAGUAUUAAGCAAUCUAUUUUGGUAUAUAAACUUCACAUAUAGUUUAAUUUUCAUAUCACUAAAAAACACGACAUCAAAAUGUCUACAGAUUCACAGAUCCUUAGAAAAAGAGGGAAAGAGCAGGAAAUAAACGGCGAACAGCCCCCACCUUAUUCAGAAACAUAUCAUCAAAUACCCCCAAAUGGAAACCAGGUUGUUAUUUUACAACAAAUGUUUUAUGAGGAGCCAGUCCGAGUUAUCUGCCAACAUUGUGGAGCUGAUAUAGUAACAUCUACUCGGUAUAAAAAUGGCACAGCUACGUGGUUAGCUGCAGCGGUCAUGUGUUUUAUUGGCUUAGGAUUUGGUUGUUGCUUGAUUCCAUUCUGUAUGAAAGGAGCUAAGGAUGUCAUACAUUCAUGUCCUAAAUGUAGGAGAGUCGUUGGACAUUAUUCUAGAAUCGGAGAAUAGAAUAUUAUUGGAUUUACACAAUAAAUUGCUGAAAGCACUCCAAAAGCAGCAAUACUGGAUCGACAAGAUCUGUCUAGAGGGAUCCAGGUUAUGUAGAGAUCUGGCACACAACUGAGCUCCAGUAGAUGAUGAGAAACAUUUCUUUUUUAAAUGUACUCAUAAUGAAAACUCAAGAGACUUGGAAGUUUUCCAGAAAAUUAAUACCUAUUCAAAAGAGAUGAUAUGGAUAAUGUAUUUGUUUUAAUUAUAAUG